UCCGAUUUUUCUAAAUUUUUUAAUUCUUCUGCUCUUAGUUCUUAGUUCUUCGGCCUUUUUUCUAAACGAUUCAAUCGAGAUGGCAGCACAAACAGAGAAACUUCAAAGCAAAAAGGCUUCUUACAUUGUAACAAAGCAUUGUAAUAUCGAUAAAAGAGAGUUAUGGGUAUCCAUUUUGAACCCUAUGAAACUUUACAUUGGCAAAUGGCAGCUUCCGCUGUCGAACACGAACAAGUUGGUCGUAAAGGGCUUAUUCGUCAAGAAGCAGCUAUGCUAUGAGAUCUCGAGCAAUGGGUGCAGAGUAAAAAUUGAAAUUGACUGGUCAAAUAUCAUAGGAAUAAGAGCGGCAAUGAAAAAAAAUGAACCCGGAGUUCUUGAAGUGGAGCUAUCAGAACCACCUAAAUUUUAUAAGGAACUCGGACAAAAAGACGUGGGCGCACAUAGCCAAUGGGUCGAUGGAUCAGAUUUCACCCGAGGUCAAGCUUCGACAUGCAGCUCUACACAUCAGAUUCAAAUGAUCCAACCAGCUGAUGCUGAUCCCAGUUCAACACAUCAGAUUCAAAUGCUCCAACCAGUUGAUGCUGAUCCCAGUUCAACACAUCAGAUUCAAAUGCUCCAACCAGCUGAUGCUGAUCCCAGCUCAACACAUCAGAUUCAAAUGCUCCAACCAGCUGAUGCUGAUCCCAGUUCAACACAUCAGAUUCAAAUGCUCCAACCAGCUGAUGCUGAUCCCAGUUCAACACAUCAGAUUCAAAUGCUCCAACCAGCUGAUGCUGAUCCCAGUUCAACACAUCAGAUUCAAAUGCUCCAACCAGCUGAUGCUGAUCCCAGUUCAACACAUCAGAUUCAAAUGCUCCAACCAGCUGAUGCUGAUCCCAGUUCAACACAUCAGAUUCAAAUGCUCCAACCAGCUGAUGCUGAUCCCAGUUCAACACAUCAGAUUCAAAUGCUCCAACCAGCUGAUGCUGAUCCCAGUUCAACACAUCAGAUUCAAAUGCUCCAACCAGCUGAUGCUGAUCCCAAUUCAACACAUCAGAUUCAAAUGCUCCAACCAGCUGAUGCUGAUCCCAAUUCAACACAUCAGAUUCAAAUGCUCCAACCAGCUGAUGCUGAUCCCAAUUCAACACAUCAGAUUCAAAUGCUCCAACCAGCUGAUGCUGAUCCCAAUUCAACACAUCAGAUUCAAAUGCUCCAACCAGCUGAUGCUGAUCCCAAUUCAACACAUCAGAUUCAAAUGCUCCAACCAGCUGAUGCUGAUCCCAAUUCAACACAUCAGAUUCAAAUGCUCCAACCAGCUGAUGCUGAUCCCAAUUCAACACAUCAGAUUCAAAUGCUCCAACCAGCUGAUGCUGAUCCCAAUUCAACACAUCAGAUUCAAAUGCUCCAACCAGCUGAUGCUGAUCCCAAUUCAACACAUCAGAUUCAAAUGCUCCAACCAGCUGAUGCUGAUCCCAAUUCAACACAUCAGAUUCAAAUGCUCCAACCAGCUGAUGCUGAUCCCAAUUCAACACAUCAGAUUCAAAUGCUCCAACCAGCUGAUGCUGAUCCCAAUUCAACACAUCAGAUUCAAAUGCUCCAACCAGCUGAUGCUGAUCCCAAUUCAACACAUCAGAUUCAAAUGCUCCAACCAGCUGAUGCUGAUCCCAGUUCAACACAUCAGAUUCAAAUGCUCCAACCAGCUGAUGCUGAUCCCAAUUCAACACAUCAGAUUCAAAUGCUCCAACCAGCUGAUGCUGAUCCCAGUUCAACACAUCAGAUUCAAAUGCUCCAACCAGCUGAUGCUGAUCCCAACUCAACACAUCAGAUUCAAAUGCUCCAACCAGCUGAUGCUGCUCCCAACUCAACACAUCAGAUUCAAAUGCUCCAACCAGCUGAUGCUGAUCCCAACUCAACACAUCAGAUUCAAAUGCUCCAACCAGCUGAUGCUGAUCCCAACUCAACACAUCAGAUUCAAAUGCUCCAACCAGCUGAUGCUGCUCCCAAUAAUGCGCCAAUAAUGUAUCCUAAUGGAAUUUCAAAUGGGUACUCAAAUGGUUGCAUCAGCCUCUCGAAUGGGCGAAUAAUGCAUCCUAAUGUAAUUUCAAAUGAGCCGACCAAUAAUUAUCCUAAUAGACUAUCAAAUUCUCAGCAAGAAAGUUCAAUUAUUUACUUCCCAACGUUUCUAAAAUAG